GAUGAUUGCAAUUAGCAACCCAUUCUUGACAGCACUCAUAUCAAGAAAUAAAUAUCACAACAUCGUGUCUCUCUAUCACACAUAAACUACGUAUCAAUCCUCUCUAAGCUAGUAGCGUCUUUCUUCACUUCGCACGUUCUACUUUUCUAUCAAAUAUCUCCCCACAUUGUUUCUCUGUCGAACAAGACAAACGCUUCUCAAACACUUCCAUUUUAAAUAUUUAUAUUCCCUUUUGAAGACCCGCAAUAUCAUAUCUUCAGCUUGAAGAAAAGGUGUGUUCUAUCCCGCUCUCCCUCUGUUUCUCUCUCCACCCAUCUUUGAUUUCACAUAAAGAUAUGGUGAAUCCAGGAUUGUUUUCUGGGAAUAAGUCCGUGAAUUCAGUGAAAGUAAGCUUCCGGAUACCGUAUUUUACCCAAUGGGGUCAGAGCUUGCUGGUGUGUGGCUCUGUUCCAGUGCUUGGUGCCUGGAAUGUGAAGAGGGGUGUGUUGCUCAGUGUUGUUCAUCAAGGGAGUGAGCUCAUCUGGGGUGGAAGCAUCACAGUGCCAAGAGGGUUCCAAUGCCAGUAUAGCUAUUAUGUUGUAGAUGAUAAGAAAAAUGUACUGAGAUGCGAGAUGGGGAAGAAGCGCGAACUGAUACUACCCGAAGGUGUUCAAAGUGGACAGGAGGUCGAGUUCCGUGAUCUUUGGCAGGCUGCCUCAGAUUCCCUCCCUUUCAGAAGUGCUUUCAAAGAUGUCAUUUUUAGGCAAAGCUGGGAUUUGAGCGAAGCAACUGUAGGAGACAACCACAUUAAUUUUGAACCAGAAAGAGAAGCUGUCUUGGUCCAAUUCAAAAUUUCCUGCCCUAAUGUUGAGAAAGACUCAUCAAUAUAUGUCAUUGGUAGCAACACAAAGUUGGGUCAGUGGAAAGCUGAAAAGGGACUAAAACUCAGCUAUUUUGGCGAAUCUGUCUGGAAAGCUGAAUGUGUGAUGCAAAGGAGUGAUUUUCCAAUAAGAUAUAGAUAUGGAAAAUAUGAUAGGAGUGGUAACUUUUCUGUAGAGAGUGGUUCGAACCGAGAAGUUUCUACCAACUCCACAAGGAAUGAUGUGAAAUAUAUUUUUCUCUCAGAUGGCAUGCUGCGGGAAACACCUUGGCGUGGUGCUGGCGUAGCUAUCCCUAUGUUUUCUGUUAGGUCGGAAUCUGAUCUGGGUGUUGGAGAGUUUCUCGACCUUAAGUUGCUAGUUGACUGGGCUGUAGCAUCUGGUUUCCAUUUAGUUCAACUUUUACCUAUCAAUGAUACAUCUGUGCAUGGGAUGUGGUGGGAUUCUUAUCCAUACAGUUCACUAUCGGUCUUUGCAUUGCAUCCAUUGUACCUAAGAGUACAGGCUCUUUCCAAGAACAUACCGGAGGAGAUCAAGAAAGAGAUUGAAAAGGCCAAACAGCAAUUAGAUCAGAAGGAUGUUGAUUAUGAAGCUACAAUGGCCACUAAACUCUCAAUUGCGAAGAAAGUUUUUGCUCAAGAGAAAGAUUUGAUACUCAAUUCAAGUUCCUUCCAGCAGUUCUUUUGUGAGAAUGAGGGUUGGUUGAAACCCUAUGCUGCUUUCUGUUUCCUGCGAGACUUCUUUGAAACAUCAGAUCGUAGUCAAUGGGGUCGUUUUGCCCAUUAUUCAGACGAUAAGCUAGAAAAGCUUGUAUCGAAGGACAGCCUGCACUAUGAGAUAAUUUGCUUCCACUACUAUGUUCAAUAUCAUUUACAUUUACAAUUAUCAGAAGCUGCAUUGUAUGCGAGAAAGAAGGGAGUAAUAUUAAAGGGAGACCUUCCUAUUGGAGUUGACAAAAACAGUGUGGACACCUGGGUCUAUCCAAAUUUGUUUCGAAUGAACACUUCUACCGGAGCACCUCCAGAUUAUUUUGAUAAAAAUGGCCAGAAUUGGGGUUUCCCUACUUAUAAUUGGGAAGAAAUGUCAAAGGACAAUUAUGGCUGGUGGCGAGGUCGAUUGACGCAGAUGGCAAAAUAUUUUACGGCUUACAGGAUUGAUCACAUAUUGGGAUUCUUUCGAAUAUGGGAACUUCCGGAUCAUGCUAUGACUGGUCUAGUUGGAAAAUUCCGGCCAUCUAUACCUCUUAGUCAGGAAGAACUUGAAAGAGAAGGGAUAUGGGACUUUAAUCGCUUGAGUCGCCCAUAUAUUAAGCGGGAACUAUUAGAGGAAAAAUUUGGAGCUGCUUGGACAUUUGUUGCAACAACUUUUCUCAAUGAAUUCGACAAGAACAUCUAUGAGGUCAUGUGGUUUGUGCAACCGCUAUCAAUCAACCAAGAUUCAUUUGAACUGCUACUGGAGAAACAGGUCUUUUCCAGCAAAGAAAUAGUGGAUGACCCAUUUUUCCGCAAUGUUGACAAGUUCAAGGAGGAUAGCAACACAGAGAAAAAAAUUGCUUCCAAACUGAAAACUUGUGCAGAAAGUUCUGUAUUGUUGGAGAGUGAAGAGAAACUGCGGCGCAAUCUCUUUGAUCUUUCACAGAAUAUAGUUUUAAUCCGUGAUCCAGAGAAUCCAAGAAAAUUUUAUCCUCGUUUCAACCUUGAAGAUACCUCAAGUUUCCAGGAUUUGGAUGAUCAUAGCAAGAAUGUUCUUAAAAGAUUAUACAAUGACUACUAUUUCUGUCGUCAAGAGAAUCUUUGGAGGCAAAAUGCAUUGAAGACCCUGCCUGUACUUCUAAAUUCAUCAGACAUGCUGGCCUGUGGUGAAGAUUUAGGCCUCAUUCCAUCUUGUGUCCAUCCUGUUAUGCAAGAAUUGGGAUUAGUUGGGUUGCGCAUUCAGCGUAUGCCCAGUGAAGCUGAUCUGGAAUUUGGUAUUCCUUCUCAGUACAGCUACAUGACGGUAUGUGCCCCAUCAUGUCAUGAUUGUUCUACCUUGCGUGCUUGGUGGGAAGAAGAUGAAGAUAGAAGACUCCGGUUUUUCAAGAAUGUGAUGGAGUCCAAUGAACUGCCGCCAGAUCAAUGUGUUCCAGAAGUUGCACAUUUUAUUAUAAGGCAACAUUUUGAAGCUCCAUCAAUGUGGGCAAUCUUCCCUCUUCAGGACUUGUUAGCAUUAAAAGAAGAAUAUACAACACGCCCUGCAACAGAGGAGACAAUCAAUGACCCUACAAAUCCCAAGCACUAUUGGAGAUACCGUGUGCAUGUGAGUUUGGAAUCAUUGAUUAAGGAUAUUGACCUUCAAACCAAUAUCAAAGAUCUUGUACGUUGGAGUGGAAGAUCACUCCCUAAGGAAGAAGCUUCAGGAGUAGAUGCCAGCGUAGUGGCAGCAUUGUCAGUAGCAGAAGCUGUUACUGUGUUGUCAGUAGCAGAAGCUGUUUCUGAGAAACAGAAGUUUUCCAGUGCCACGGAAAAGCCUGUUCUUGUCAAAUAAAAAUUGUGGAUGAUGUUCAGCCCUUCAAAUCAUGUCCCAUAACCUGCUAAGAUGGAGUUAGUAAUAAGGAGCAUAUGUGUUAUGUUUUCAUCUGUUCCUGUUAUGUUUCUUAAAGAACAAUGCAAAUAAAUCUCGAAGCAUGUAUUAUUAUCUCUAAGUUUUAGCUAUUAAGAGAAAUGAUAGAAAUACAUUCUCUUA